AUGAAUUCGUCGUACGAGGAGAGCAGCAGCUCGGACGAGGAGGAAGAACACAAAUACAGGCGUCAUGGAAAAUCUUCUGAAGACGAGGAUGAAGAUGAAGAGGAAGAAUCAAGCAGUGACAGCGAUGACGAGGAGGAAGACGAGGAAGAAGAUAGCGACGACUCGACAUCAAGCGAAGAGUUGAAGCGCAGAGCGAAGAAGAAGAACAAAGACAAGGGUAAGGAGAAGGGCAAGGAGACGCUGGGGCGAACCGCCAUGAAGCGAGCCGCGAUGGAGGAGGGAGAAAGGGUGGGCUCGAUCCCGCAUGCGGCUGACACUUCACCUUCGAUCGCGCGAGCUGUUAUGUCGCCUCGCCUUAGCGGUGGCAGCAGUGGAGGAGGAAUAGAUCGAACGAGCAGUGGCAACAUCAGACAGCGCCCACCAUUGACUGAUAGCACGGCCGUGCUAGUGCGUGGGAUGCGAGCAGGCGGAAUGACGGACGAAGAGCGCGAACGCGAGCUGGAGCGUGAGAAGGAGAAGGCGCAGCGCAAGGAGGAGCGCAAGAAGGCCAUCAAGAACCUCGACACCAUCAUCUCCUCGCUGCAGGAGCUCGAGGACCUGCCCCACGUCGACCAAAACGGACGGCGAGACAGUAGCGGGCCGCGCAGUGGCGGCUACACCGACUCUCGUGAACGGUGGCACAACACGAACUCGGCUCGCAACGUGGACAGCUCGCAUCACGAGUCCUUCUCCUCGGCCAGCACGGAGCGGAAAGGCGACGGCGAGGAGAAGGAGCGGACCAACAGCCGGGGCAACGGCGACGACGGCAGCAAGUCCGGCGGCGGCCAGCGCAACAGCAACGACAAGGAGAACAGCAGCAGCAGGGAGACGAACAACAGCAAAGGCAAGGAAAAGGAGGGCAGCAAGAAGGGUGGUCUGGUGCGGCUCAGCAUAUUCCACAAGCGGACGCCCAAGGACAAGGAGAAGCCUGCGAGGAAGGACUCGAAGAAGAAGCCAACGAAGAAGGCCGGCGAGUCCGAGCAGGGCGAAGCGGGCGAGGAGAAUGGCUACAUCAAGGUUGAAAAGAAGAACAAGAAGAAGGACGCAACAUUUAACAAACUGUACCAAGUACAGACGCUGGGCGAACAAGAAGGCGGACAUUACGGUGCGAUCUGGGUGAUGCAAUUCAGCCCCGACGGGCGAUACCUCGCGACUGCGGGCAGUGACGGUGUACUGCGCGUGUGGCGGGUGGACCCCAAGUUUGCCACGGAUGAAGGCAAGCAGGGGCGGCUCACUCAAUUGCUGGAUCCUGUUUGCUACAAGAGUUUCCCUGGCCACACUCUCGAUAUUCUUUGCAUCUCCUGGUCGAACAACGAAUUUCUGCUCUCUUCAUCGAUGGACUGCACUGUGCGACUCUGGCACAUGUCGUGCGAUGACUGCGUCUCGUGCUUUGAGCACAAGGAUUUUGUCACCACAGUCGCGUUUCACCCGAUCAACAACAAGGUGUUCAUGAGCGGAGGUCUGGAUAAGCGAAUCUACGUUUGGAACAUCCCUCGCAAGCGAAUCGCGUUCCAAGUGGAGAUUGGCGACAUGAUCACGGCGGGCGCAUUCGUGUCCGACAAGGGCGAAUAUCUCGUCGUUGGCACCGACACUGGCAAGCUCCUCUUGUGCGAGACUGAGGAGGCCAUAACAAAAGAGCCCACGAGCCCGGACGCGGAGGGCUCGACCUCGCCACGGCCCACAAUCGAGAUGAAGGUGGCCAAGGAGAUGCAUGUUCACAACUCGCGAUUCAAGGCCAGAGAUCACAUCCGCCGCAAGGUUACUGGAAUUGAGGCCUCGAAGGACGGCAAACAUAUGUUGGUGUCAUCGAAUGAUUCUUCGGCACGGUUGUACAGAACCAAGGAUUUUUCGUUGAUCUGUAAAUACGCCGGUUACACCAGCAGAGAGUUCCAGGUCAAAGCGACACUCAGCCCUGACGGCAAGUACGUAGUCGCGGGCUCCGAGGACCAGAAUGUAUUUCUGUGGGAAGCGGGAAAGGAGAAACGAAACAAGGCGUGCGAAUUCUUCCAAGUCACCGAUGAGGAAGAGGGCAUGGCCACGGCUGCGUCGUUUGCGCCGGCAUUCGAGGGCGUGCACGGCCAGGUGGUCGUAGCCGCCUCGCUCGACGGCGAGCUGCACGUCUACCACAACGAGCAGCCCGAGGAGAGCUGA